UUCGCCUUUUUAGUCCUCACGUGUUCCAUGUUUGGGAGAGAAAACAUGGCUGCGCCCUCGACUGACGUGCGGAUUGUUCCUGUGAAAAAGCCUGCAGUUCGAGGACCACGGCGAGUAGCCAAUCAGAUUCCAGAUGAAAUCCUCCAAGACCCAGAGUUACAGGAGGCUAUCAAAGCCCUGCCUGCAAAUUACAACUUUGAGAUCCACAAGACAGUUUGGCGAGUGAGACAAGCGAAUGCAAAGAGAGUCGCUCUGCAGCUUCCAGAGGGCCUGCAGAUGUUUGCCUGUACCAUCUCUGACAUCAUUGAGAGGUUCACAGAAGCAGAUACCAUUGUGAUGGGUGAUGUGACUUACGGAGCCUGCUGCGUGGACGACUUCACCGCCCGUGCCCUGGGAGCUGAUUUCAUGGUGCACUAUGGUCACAGUUGUCUAAUCCCCAUAGACUCGACAGCAGGUAUUAAGAUGCUGUAUGUGUUUGUGGAUAUCCAGAUGGACAAUGCACACUUCCUGGACACGGUCAAGUUCAACUUCCCUCCUGGACAAUCUCUGGCGCUCGUCAGCACUAUUCAAUUCGUGGCUGCGCUGCAGGCUGUGAGUGCAGCCCUCAAACCAGAGUACGACAUGUUUGUCCCACAGUGUCGCCCUCUGUCACCAGGAGAAAUUUUGGGGUGUACCUCCCCUCGCUUGGAUCGCCACGUCAAUGCCAUCAUUUAUCUCGGAGAUGGAAGAUUUCACCUGGAGUCGAUCAUGAUUACAAACCCAGAUAUCCCUGCCUACAGAUAUGACCCCUAUAGUAAGGUGUUCUCCAGGGAGUACUAUGACCAUGAAGCCAUGCGUGCUUUAAGGCUCCAGGCUAUUGACAAGGCACGACUGGCCCAAAGAUGGGGACUCAUCUUGGGCACGCUAGGCCGACAGGGCAGCCCCAAAGUCCUGGAGCACCUGGAAUCAAGGCUCCAGUCACUGGGCAAGUCCUUCACUCGAGUGCUCCUCUCUGAGAUUUUCCCAAGCAAGCUGGAUUUGAUGCCAGAAAUAGAUGCGUGGGUCCAGAUUGCUUGUCCUCGUCUUUCCAUUGACUGGGGCACUGCCUUCUCUAAACCCCUGCUGUCUCCAUAUGAGGCAGCUGUUGCUUUACAGGAGGUAAGCUGGAAGGAAGUCUACCCCAUGGACUUCUAUUCCAACCAGAGCCUGGGGUCAUGGACGCCCAACCACCCUGACAACCAGCCUGUGCGGCCCACUCGCAGACAGACUCAGAAACAAGGCUCAGAACCAAGCAAUGCUACCAAGCAGUGUGAGCAGAACCAGUGCGCCCCCUGCGGCUGUCAAAAGGAAUGAAACGUCGUGACCAGCGCUGUCUUGACUCGUCUCAUGCCUGGCCCCGCCUCCACCCCUGCAAACGGCUGGAGGAAGGUGGGGAGAAGUGGGUAUUUGUCCAGACAGUCUAUCAGAGAGCAGAGCUAAAGCCAGAGGAGUGUUCAGCCUCCCCUCAAAUGGAUUACCAGCCAUAUAUAAUCCCUAAUCUUACAGCGAGCACGGCAGAUCAAACCAAAUUCAUUCACUUUUUUUUUCUACGUGUAUUCUGAGCUCACAUGCAACUGAGAGAAUACCUUGUAUGUUCAAGCUCAAAAAUGUUGAUGUGAGUCAGAUUUCCCCAUGAAGGAGCGACUCUCUGCAGUACUAAGAAAGAAUUUCAUCCUGCAUAGGGGAAAUGUGUGGGUCUUUCUGUAAUGCAGACACUGCCUUUGUGACUGUUGCAGAGAGAGAGCGAGUGCAGGAUGACCUUGAGCAUGCUGUAUGGAACUAAGUGUCUGUCAGUGUGGGUGGCUUUAGUCAAAUGCAAUCCACUUUUCCUUGGAUAAAGCGCUGUAAAUUGUUCGACACUUCAAAUGAGCUUUCUUUAAUUUAAUACUUUGUUUCCAAGACGGUCAGACAUAUUGUAUGAAGCACUUUGUUUUUGAUAUACAGUUUGUGACAUUUCACACUUUUAACAUUUUCUACUGAUUGUGACGCAUCUUGCCUAAGCAUUUGUUUUCUUUAGUCAGAUUCUGAAACAAUGAAUCUGAAAUGGGACCUCGCGUCUUGUGUGAGAGUUGUUCAUAAGCGCAGUGGCAUGCUGAUGCGAUGAGCCAGUUUUCCAAAGCUGAGGGGUAUGUGUUCCUAGAUGCAUGCAACACUAGUCACAACUGCUCUCCAUCCUCAUUAUUUAUUGAUGGUGGAGUCUGUCAAUAAAUAAAUAAAUAAACACACCAUUGCUGUUUGACUGCUACAGCGAAAAAAGCGAUUGACAGCCGCUCACCAUGGCCUCAACUGAUCCGAAGAACUUGUGAACCUUUCCCCAGGUGGCAUCACGCUGUCACACAUUCGUAGGUUUCUUUGGAGAGUUUUAUUUGCCUUCAACUACUUGGAUUUCUCGAGUCAGAUCCACCAUUAUAUCUCCUUGGCAACGGAGGCCAGUAUGAUUCAACCAUCCUGACAGAUAUCCAUCUUUCUCACGAUGUGGCUGCUAUUUUGAUGAGCAAUUGGAAAAAAAGAAUGCAAUUUUUUAUCAAAAUUGUUAACCUUGAUGUUUGUGUUAUUUCUAUUAUUCAUGGUCUUUGUAGUUAUUUUGAAGUCUUCAAGAUCAGAUUGAAUACAUUCAGUUUUUGGAUGUACAUAUUAACCCCAUCAAUAAGUCAAAUUGAAUUUAUAUAGCACAAGACAUGGAAUAAAAUGCAACUCCAAGUGCUAACAUAAAAGUAGUUGAAAGGAGCAUAAGUUUAAAUACAAAAUAAAGUAUGAAAUAAUAAGAAGGCUAAUAAAAUACAGAACAGAAAAUGAGAGCAAAAUUAUAUGUUGAAACAAAAGAAAACACCAAAAGAGUGUGUUUGAGAUCCCAUAGGUUAUUAUAUCUUGUUGUUUAAUGGAAUCUUUAUUGUUACCAUGGCAACAACUACUCAUCCAUAGGCAUUGAAAAAUUACAAUAUCAGCAGCAAAUGUCAUUCUUACUGUGUAGAUACUUCUGACACAACACAGUAAAAUUACUCAAGAGCAUAAAAUGAUGCACAAAACAUGAAAUUUGAACUUGAAAUAAAUGUUACUUCUUAACUAUGAGUCACUCUGACACAUGGCUAUGGGCAUCGUAUCUUUCACUGCAUACGUCUGAAUUUAAUAUAAUGAAAGUGAAUUUCUGAGUAGUUAGAUGUAACCAUUUCAAAGCUUCUUGUUGUAGCUUAAUUCAUAGAAACAAACCAGUUGGGGAGUCUGCACUGUCAGUUAGAGGUUCUGAUCCACAGAUCUCUCCUAAGGCUGCCAGUUUCAGACAGUCAUCCGUGUGGAUCAUGUACUGUAAAUGCCAGUAAGUCCAGCCUGUUCUCUCACAUUCAUUCCCUGCCUGCCGACAGCACAGAGACCACUGAGUGGCACUGUUUUCAUAGCUUAUUUGCAGCCUUGUGAAGCAUUGAAGUCACACAGUGUUCACUGUAGACAAGCUGUUUUGGGCACGGUUGCACGUGAGCGUGCUUGGAAGAGUGCAAGUACUCAGUGUACUUUGAGGCUGCUGUGUGCAGACUCUUCCAGACGUGGUGGGAAUUUUACUCCGCUUCAUCCUGCCCAUUUCUUUUCUUUUCCCCUGCACCUUUUCCGCACUGUUUCCCAUCGGCACCCAGGUUCUUGUCCCACUGGCAGAGCUCACCAUGGAGAAUUUGCAACUUAUUUAUCAUGACUCUGCAGAAGCCACAGGUCUUGGGCUUAACAGGUGCUCAGGUCACAUACUGGUAUUGAUGCACCCUGCCUGCAUGGUUAGCUGAUUGCAGGUGCCCAGCCUUUGUUUGUGUAGCCUACAACAGUGAGCGGUGAUAUGACUCAAAAGUCAUCAGUUAAUGCACUCUCAACAACCACUCAUCAUUUAACCACCAGCAGCUGAUAGAAAUAACACAUUUUCAGUAACUAUGAACUGUCUGGCUGGGUUAAUGUUUUUCUGUGGCUUUGUCUGGUACCUGCGAGCAGGAAAAAACAUGUCAGCACCCGUGAUGUAUUUAGUUGUUAUUUCUCUGGCCAGGGAAAGGCUGAGUCACAGCACUCUCUUUCUGUCCCAUCCUCCCUUUCAUUUUCUCUGACCCCAUGUGUCUAACACUUUUCUACAUGUCUGGCAGCUUUACAUUUGCCGCCUCUCUGAGUAAAUGCAUUAUCCAAAAUCUUUAUACCAUAGUGUUUCUAUGUGUCUGGUGUGUUUCUUUAUAUUACUGGACUCCAUGAGGGAAAUCAGGCAUGGGUAGAAAAGAGACACAAGUUAUGACUCAUGGCGCUACAACAAAAAUAAACAGAAGAGGAGGAGAUGUGUUUUUUUUCUUCCAAGUUUGUUUUUGCAUGUUUUUUUCCAUCACUGUAGAUUUGAGACACAGUGUGACUUCAGACAGCCACAUGUGACUGGGGCUGAGCAGUGGAAGGUGUGGCAGCUGAGGACUAGUAUAUAAGAUCCAAACUAAGUCUGUUUCAGUAUCUGCUUUUCCAUUUCUCUCUCUUUGUUCCUCCUGCCAUAUCCUGGAUUACCUUAGAACUGAGCAGAAAUGGCAACAAAAGACGACUGAUUUGCCUUAACUUGCCUGUAUUUACAUCUGUGAAGACACUCUGUAGGUGGGUGAGAAACUGUUUAGAGAAAAAAUAUGAAGGAAGAAAAAAAAUCAAUGCUAAACUGUGGAGGAAUGCGGUUUUUGAAGAUUUUUUUGAGAGUGUUAUUGCUAUCAUUAUGGAUGUCUGAUGUGGCAUGUACAAUUUCAAUUCCAGACAAAGGAGCCUAUAGGAAGAAGAGCUGCAUGCUGUACAAGAUGCUUUUUUCAUGAUUUGGACAUUUCAGGGAAGAGGAUGGCAUAUAUAUCCAUAUUUUGCAGCUUUUUCAACCCAAAUGUAGUUUGUUAUUGAGUACACUGGGUUUAAAUAGAUGCCAGUCAUUUCUUAAAGGGAAAAUGCAAAAUAAAACCAUUUAAGGGCAAAAAUUAGAGAAAAGGACAGUUAAUUUUCCUCUUAUUAAGGUUAAAAUUGUUGUUUUAAAUGUUGUUUUAAAAUUCUAGCAAUAAAAAGAAAUUAGUUUCCAUGUAUUUAACAACCUUUUGAUCGGCUUCCCUGUGGAAAUUUGAACAAUAAAUGAUUAUGUCUAGAG